UUUCUAUAUUUUAUCUAGAGAAUGUUAUUUAUUCUUCCUUCUAUUUCCCACAGUGUCUGUUUAAAAUUCAAUUCCCAUUGUUUUUUGGAACAGAAAAAAGAUAUGUCCAACAAUUAAUUUAAGUUACUAUGGUUUUAGUGCUAUUCAGUUUAUAAAUUAUUUUAAUUUCUUUACAGGGAGACUAUAUAUGGAUUGAACCUAUAUCAGGUCGAGAAUUUGAUGUUGCCAUUGGAGCACGUGUGAUAUCUGCUGAAGGAAAAAGAAUUCUCAUCAAAGAUGAUGAUGGCAAGGAAGUUUGGCUUACUCCGGAGAGGAAGAUUAAGGCUAUGCAUGCCACCUCCGUUCAAGGAGUGGAGGACAUGAUAUCUCUUGGAGAUUUACAUGAAGCUGGUAUUUUAAGAAAUCUUCUGAUUCGAUAUAAUGAAAAUCUGAUUUAUACUUAUACUGGAUCAAUAUUGGUAGCAGUUAAUCCUUACCAGAUAUUGCCAAUAUAUACAGCCGAACAAAUUAAGCUGUAUAAGGAUAAAAAAAUCGGUGAACUUCCUCCUCACAUAUUUGCUAUUGGGGACAAUUGCUAUAGUCAGAUGAAACGUUUUGGUCAAGAUCAAUGUAUAGUCAUAAGUGGAGAGAGUGGAGCUGGAAAGACUGAAAGUACAAAAUUAAUUCUCCAAUAUUUAGCUGCUAUCAGUGGCAAGCAUUCAUGGAUUGAGCAACAAAUCUUAGAAGCAAAUCCAAUUCUUGAAGCAUUUGGAAAUGCAAAGACCAUACGUAAUGAUAACUCCUCAAGAUUUGGUAAAUAUAUAGAUAUUCAUUUUAAUGCCAAUGGUGUUAUUGAGGGUGCAAAAAUAGAGCAGUAUUUGUUAGAGAAAUCAAGAAUAGUCUCUCAGUCAAGAGAUGAAAGAAAUUACCAUGUAUUUUAUUGUAUGUUAGCCGGUUUGUCAAAAGAUGAUAAAUCAAAACUUGAGUUAACUGAUGCUUCACAUUAUAAAUAUUUAGUUGGAGGUGGUGGUAUUACUUGCGAAGGAAGAGACGACGCAGCAGAGUUUGCAGAUAUAAGAUCAGCAAUGAAGGUUCUUUUAUUUACUGACAAUGAAAUUUGGGACAUUUUGACACUUUUAGCAGCAUUGUUACAUACUGGUAACAUUAAUUACAGAGCUGCUGUCAUUGACAAUUUAGAUGCAACCGAAAUUCCUGAUCAUUCAAAUGUUGCUCGUGUUGCUGGCUUGUUAGGUGUUCCCAAGCAACCUCUGAUUGAUGCUUUGACCAGAAAAACAUUAUUUGCUCAUGGUGAGACAGUGAUUUCAACACUGUCUAGAGACCAGUCUGUUGAUGUGCGGGAUGCUUUUGUUAAAGGGAUUUAUGGUCGUUUAUUUAUUUACAUUGUUAAUAAGAUUAAUAAUGCCAUAUACAAACCAAAAAAUGCAGCCAGGAAUUCAAUUGGUGUUUUAGAUAUUUUUGGAUUUGAGAAUUUUGAUAUGAACAGUUUUGAACAGUUUUGCAUAAAUUUCGCCAAUGAAAAUUUACAGCAAUUCUUUGUGCAACAUAUAUUUAAGUUAGAACAAGAGGAAUAUAAUUUAGAGAAUAUUAACUGGCAACAUAUAGAGUUUGUUGAUAAUCAAGAUGCACUGGAUUUAAUUGCAGUAAAACAGUUAAACAUUAUGGCACUUAUAGAUGAAGAAUCAAAAUUUCCAAAGGGUACAGAUCAAACUAUGUUGGCUAAACUGCAUAAAACACAUGGAUCUCAUAGAAAUUAUCUAAAACCAAAAUCUGAUAUAAAUACUUCAUUUGGUCUGAACCACUUUGCUGGAAUCGUGUUUUAUGAUACCAGAGGUUUUCUUGAAAAGAAUAGAGAUACAUUUAAUGCUGAUUUAUUACAACUGAUUCAUAUCAGUCAUAACAAGUUCUUGAAAAGCUUAUUUAAUGAAGAUAUUGGAAUGGGGGCUGAAACCAGGAAAAGAACACCAACAUUGUCUACCCAGUUUAAAAAAUCUUUAGAUCUAUUAAUGAGAACACUCAGUAAUUGUCAACCUUUUUUUAUUAGAUGUAUAAAACCCAAUGAAUUCAAAAAACCAAUGAUGUUUGAUCGUGGACUCUGCUGUCGGCAAUUGCGGUACUCAGGAAUGAUGGAAACUAUUCGAAUAAGACGUGCAGGCUAUCCUAUCCGCCAUUCAUUCAAGGAUUUUGUUGAACGAUACAGAUUUCUCAUCCCUGGGAUCCCACCUUCACAUAAAACUGAUUGCAAACUUGCCACAGCUCGUAUUUGCCAAGCAUCCCUUGGAAAAUCAGAUUAUCAGCUGGGUAGCACUAAAGUAUUUCUAAAGGAUGCUCACGAUCUGUUCUUGGAACAAGAAAGAGACAGAGUUUUAACUAGAAAUAUAGUUGUUCUUCAAAAGAGUAUUAGGGGCUGGGUUUAUAGAAGAAGAUAUCAAAGGAUGCGUGCUGCAGCAAUGAUCAUACAGAAGUACUGGUCAGGUUGGGCCCAAAGAAGGAGAUACCUUAGAAUGCGUGUUGGCUAUAUGAGGCUUCAAGCUCUAAUAAGAUCCAGAGUACUCUCUCAUAGAUUUAGGCAUUUAAGAGGCCACAUUGUUUCCUUACAAGCUAGGGCAAGAGGUAAACUUGUAAGGGAAGCAUAUGUUAAAAAGAUGAAUGCUAUUUUAAAAAUUCAAUCUCAUGUAAGACGAUUCAUUGCACAGAGGAGAUUUGCAAAAAUGAAAAUGGAAUAUCGUCAGCAAAUAGAAGCUUUAAAACUAAAAAAAAUAGAAGAGAAAGAGUUAAAAGAAGCUGGUAACAAAAGAGCGAAAGAAAUAGCAGAGCGACAUUAUAGGGAUCGUCUUGAAGAACUUGAGAGACGAGAGCUUGAACAAGAAAAUGAAGAAAGGAGACUGAUGGAAAUAAAGAAAAAUAUAAUAAACGAUGCAGCAAAAAAACAAGAUGAACCAGUUGAUGACAGUAAAUUAGUUGAAGCCAUGUUCGACUUUCUUCCUGAUUCAAGUAGUGAAGCUCCUUUGCCUACUAGAGAAACAUCUGUUUUCAUGGAUUUGCCUACAGCUAAAGCUGAUCAGCAUGAAAUAAUCAGUCAAAUUCAGCUUUCUACUGAAGAUGAAGAAGACUUAUCGGAGUUUAAAUUUCAAAAGUUUGCUGCAACCUAUUUUCAAGGCAAUGUGACACAUCAGUAUUCUAGGAAACCUUUGAAACAUCCUUUACUGCCUUUACAUACCCAAGGGGAUCAACUGGCAGCUCAAGCACUUUGGGUAACUAUUUUAAGAUUCACUGGAGAUCUACCAGAACCUAGAUAUCAUACAAUGGACAGAGAUAAUAUUUCAGUGAUGUCUAAAGUAACUGCAACACUAGGGAGAAAUUUUAUUCGGAGCAAGGAAUUUCAAGAAGCACAGUUAAUGGGCAUGGAUCCAGAAUCCAUUUUAAAACAGAAGCCACGUUCGAUACGGCAUAAAUUAGUUUCACUAACCUUGAAAAGAAAGAAUAAGCUUGGUGAAGAUGUAAGAAGAAAACUGCAAGAUGAAGAAUAUACUGCAGAUAGCUAUCAAUCUUGGUUGGAAGCUAGGCCAACUUCCAAUUUGGAAAAACUUCAUUUUAUAAUUGGUCAUGGCAUCUUGAGAGCUGAACUACGAGACGAAAUAUACUGUCAAAUUUGUAAACAACUUACUAACAAUCCCUCAAAAUCAUCUCAUGCACGUGGUUGGAUUUUACUUUCUCUUUGUGUUGGCUGUUUUGCACCUUCUGAAAAGUUCGUAAGUUACUUAAGAGCUUUCAUCCGGGAGGGACCUCCAGGUUAUGCUCCAUACUGUGAAGAUCGUUUGAAAAGAACAUUUAAUAAUGGGACAAGAAAUCAACCCCCAAGCUGGUUGGAAUUACAGGCUACUAAAUCAAAAAAACCUAUCAUGCUGCCAAUAACCUUUAUGGAUGGGAACACAAAAACAUUAUUAGCUGAUUCAGCUACAACGGCAAGAGAACUUUGCAACCAACUUUCUGAUAAAAUAGCUCUUAAAGAUCAGUUUGGGUUUUCAUUGUAUAUUGCUUUAUUUGACAAGGUAUCUUCUUUAGGAAGUGGUGGAGACCAUGUGAUGGAUGCUAUUUCUCAGUGUGAACAAUAUGCAAAAGAACAAGGUGCCCAAGAAAGGAAUGCUCCAUGGAGGCUUUUUUUCCGAAAAGAAAUUUUUGCACCGUGGCAUGAUCCUACAGAAGAUCAAGUUGCAACAAAUCUAAUAUAUCAGCAAGUUGUUCGUGGAGUGAAAUUUGGUGAAUAUAGGUGUGAUAAGGAAGAAGAUCUUGCUAUGAUUGCUGCUCAGCAAUACUACAUAGAAUAUGGAUCAGAUAUGAAUACAGAACGGCUACUUGGCCUCUUGCCUAGCUAUAUUCCUGAUUAUUGCUUAACAAAUGGUGAUAAAUCAAUUGAACGAUGGGCCACUUUAAUUCUUCAAGCAUUUAAAAAGAGUUAUUAUGUUAAAGAUAUGGUAUUGACUUUAAGAGUAAAGGAAGAUAUAGUGAGCUAUGCGAAAUUCAAGUGGCCUCUACUUUUCUCCAGGUUUUAUGAGGCUUAUAGGAAUUCAGGACCUAAUUUACCUAAAAAUGAUGUAAUAAUAGCUGUAAAUUGGACUGGUGUUUAUGUUGUUGAUGAUCAAGAACAAGUUUUACUAGAACUUUCUUUUCCUGAAAUAACAACUGUUUCUAGUCAAAAAACGAACAAAGUAUUCACUCAGACAUUCACAUUGUCAACAGUUCGUGGAGAAGAAUUCACUUUUCAAAGCCCAAAUGCUGAAGACAUUAGAGAUCUUGUGGUAUACUUCUUAGAAGGUCUUAAAAAGCGCUCUAGCUAUGUUAUUGCUCUGCAAGAUUAUAAGUCUCCUGGAGAAGGAUCAUCGUUUUUGACAUUUCAAAAAGGUGAUCUUAUAGUGUUGGACGAUGAUAGUACUGGUGAAACAGUUAUGAAUUCAGGAUGGUGCGUUGGAAGAUGUGAAAGAACUGGUCAAAAAGGAGACUUUCCAGCAGAAGCAGUUUAUGUGUUACCUGCUCUUUCUCAGCCACCUCCUGAUAUUUUGGCUUUAUUUAAUAUGGAGGAAGCUGAUCGUGGUCGUAAAUUAAAUUCACAAAAUAUGAAUGGUACUGAAACCCGAGAGAAACCUUAUACCUUAAUGGAAUAUUCUAUUGAUCAUUUCAGACCUCCUCCAAAGAGAACAAUGUCAAAAGCUCUUGCCCUGUCAGCUGCACGUAGAGGUAGCCCAGAUGAACUGUGGAGACAUUCACGUGAACCAUUAAAACAGCCACUUUUACGGAAACUUGUUGGCAAAGAAGAGCUUGCUGAAGAGGCUUGUUAUGCAUUUACCGCCAUAUUAAAAUAUUGUGGUGAUCUGCCAUCUAAAAGAAGACCUGGAAAUGAAUAUACUGAUCACAUCUUUGAUGGCCCUUUGAAACAUGAAAUACUUCGUGAUGAAAUAUAUUGUCAGCUAAUGAGGCAGUUAACGGAUAAUAGGAAUAGACUAAGUGAAGAACGGGGUUGGGAAUUGAUGUGGUUAGCGACAGGACUCUUUGCAUGCAGUCAGAGCUUAUUAAAGGAGCUUACCAUGUUUUUAAGAACAAGAAGGCACCCCAUUGCUCAGGAUUCUUUCCAAAGAUUACAGAAAACUCUUCGUAACGGACAAAGAAAAUAUCCUCCUCAUCAGGUUGAGGUGGAAGCAAUUCAGCAUAAAACAACUCAAAUAUUUCACAAAGUUUACUUUCCUGAUGAUACUGAUGAAGCCUUUGAAGUGGAUUCUUCAACUCGUGCCAAAGAUUUUUGUGCUAAUAUAGCACAGAGGUUAAAUUUAAGAUCAUGUGAGGGAUUCAGUCUUUUUGUAAAAAUAGCAGACAAAGUAAUUUCAGUUCCUGAAGCAGAUUUCUUUUUUGAUUUCGUUAGGCAUUUAACUGAUUGGAUAAAAAAAGCAAGACCCUCCAGAGAUGGAGCAGUACCUCAAUUUACUUAUCAGGUCUUUUUCAUGAAGAAGUUAUGGACUAAUACAGUUCCAGGAAAAGAUAGAAAUGCUGAUUUAAUAUUCCAUUUCCAUCAAGAGCUUCCAAAACUUUUGCGAGGUUAUCAUAAGUGCACAAAGGAAGAAGCAGCUAAACUUGCUGCUUUGGUUUAUAGAGUGCGUUUUGGAGAAAAUAAACAAGAAUUACAGUCACUUCCACAAAGAAUACGAGAGCUUAUACCUACUGAUGUUGUGAAAGUCCAAUCACAUGCAGAUUGGAAGAGGGCUAUAAUUUCUACUUACAAUCAAGAUGCUGGUAUGAGCCCUGAAGAUGCAAAAAUCACUUUCUUGAAAAUCAUUUAUCGGUGGCCAACGUUUGGUUCAGCUUUCUUUGAAGUGAAACAAACAUCAGAACCCAAUUACCCAGAAAUGCUAUUGAUUGCCAUUAAUAAACACGGUAUUAGCUUGAUUCAUCCCCAAACUAAAGAAAUUCUCAUAACACAUCCAUUUACAAGAAUAUCUAAUUGGUCUUCCGGCAAUACAUAUUUUCACAUGACGAUUGGUAAUCUUGUUAGGGGAUCAAAACUGUUAUGUGAAACAUCACUUGGCUAUAAAAUGGAUGAUCUUCUCACCUCAUACAUCUCACUUAUGUUAAGUAAUAUGAAUAAACAACGGAGCAUAAGGAUAAAAUAAAUAUCCAUGUUACAUUUCUUGUAAUUAAGAAGGCUUUAGUCAUAACAAAUGGUAUUUUUGGCGUGUUUCAAAUUAUAAUUAAAUUGUCAGGCUUAAAAUAUAGAGUAAGCCAACAAAACUAGAUAUUGGUAAAGGAACUAAGAGGAAAAUAAUCUAACCAAAAUUACCAUUAAUUAAUACUUAGUGAUUUUGUAUAUUAUCAUACAACAGAUGUAUUAGUAACAAUUAAAAAAUGCAUCUUUUAGUUUUCUAUGUAUUAUAUUUAAAAGUUGAAGAAGAAAAGUGUGAUAAUUUAAUUUUUAUACAAUUUUUUAGUAAACUAUUUAUUUAUAUAAAAUAUUUAUAAUUAGUUAAAGUUUAAUAGGUAUAUAUAAUUGUAUAACAUUGUUAUAAUUCACAAAUUGUAAAUGUUUUCUAUUCUAUUUAUAAUUGUAUUUUAUUGAGUGAAGGUGAUUUGAAUGUUUAAUUUGUUGUACACUACCUCUUAUAAAUUCUUAUUUCCAAGCACUUGCUCAAACCAGUUGUAAAUUAUUUCAUUUUAAAUUAUAUCAAUAUAUGUUGACAUUUUAUUUUUGUUUGUUCUUAAACUUAAAAAGUUAACUUUUUUUAAAUGUAAAAUAUGUACCUUAAUCAGUGAACAGGUACUGUUUUUAAAUAGAAAUUUCCCAGAUUCCAUGAACACCUAAUUUAAUUACGAUAGAAUUUUUCGGGCACUUACGGAAAAAGCGGCUAACUAUAUUAUAUGUGGGUACAAUUUCUUGAGCAGAAGUCCAGCAGCUCUGAUGUAAUAAAAUCAGUAAUUUUUUUU